GCGGCGGGGACCCGGGCGGUGGGCGGAGGCGGCCGGGGCUGCUCCUCGGCGGCCACCGCCGCAGCGGCGCGGGGGUGCGGGCCAGCCUGGGGCGGCGGGGCAGGCGCCGCCUGAGUUCCUCCCGAGGGCGUGUCGGCGGCCGAGUGGUCGGCGGAGGACCGGGGCCGACGCCCGCCGCCCCGGAGCUGAGCCCGGCCUCCGCCCUUCCUUCCCCGCGUGGGCUUCGCGACGCGCCGAGGACCGUCCGGCUCUGAGCAGCCCAGGUGUGCAGAAUGCCCCACAAGAUUGGAUUUGUAGUUGUCAGUUCAUCUGGACACGAAGAUGGCUUCAGUGCCCGGGAACUAAUGAUCCACGCGCCGACCGUCAGUGGGUGGAGGUCACCAAGAUUUUGCCAGUUUCCACAAGAAAUUGUUCUUCAGAUGGUGGAGAGAUGUCGAAUAAGAAAACUACAGCUACUCGCUCACCAGUUUAUGAUCUCAAGUAAAAUCGAGUUCUACGUCAGUGAAAGCUUGCCUGAGUAUUUUGUGCCAUAUCAAGCAGAGCGGUUUCGAAGGCUUGGGUAUGUCUCCCUCUGCAAUAACGAAAAGACAGGCUGCAAAGCCCGAGAACUAAAAUCAGUCUAUGUGGAUGCAGUAGGGCAAUUUCUUAAGCUGAUUUUCCACCAAAACCAUGUCAACAAAUACAACAUAUAUAAUCAGGUUGCUUUGGUUGCAGUAAAUAUCAUUGGAGACCCUGCAGAUUUCAGUGAUGAAAGCAAUAUUACCUCUAGAGAGAAGUUGAUUGACCAUUAUCUUGGGCACAACACUGAGGAUCCAGCUCUGGAAGGCACCUACGCGGGGAGAUCUGACUAUAUUUCUCCACUAGAUGACUUGGCUUUUGAUAUGUACCAAGAUCCAGAAGUUGCACAGAUUAUACGGAAAUUAGAUGAAAGAAAACGUGAAGCUGUCCAAAAGGAACGUUAUGAUUACGCCAAGAAACUAAAACAAGCUAUUGCUGAUUUGCAAAAGGUUGGUGAGCGUCUUGGAAGGUAUGAGGUGGAAAAACGCUGUGCUGUGGAGAAAGAAGACUACGAUCUUGCCAAGGAGAAGAAGCAGCAGAUGGAACAGUACCGCGCCGAGGUGUACGAGCAGCUGGAGCUCCACAGCCUCUUGGACGCCGAGCUGAUCCGAAGACCUUUUGGUUUGCCCCUCCAGCCCCUUGUUCACUCUGGCAGUCCUUGCCACCAGAAGCCGCUGCCCUCCCUACUACCACGGCCAGAAGAAAGAGUAGCUGAAAACUGGUUUGCAGAAUCCUUCCUCCAGGAAAAGCCUUCGUCCUAUUCUCUGACUACUUCUCCUCGGCGUUCUGCAGUAGACCACUUGCUGCCUGCCACAAAUCUUCAUCCAGAGGCAGAGUCCCUGCCCUAUGACGAGCGGCCUCUCCCAGCCAUUCGCAAGCAGCAGGGGGAAGCAUCGCUGGAGCCAGCAGUGGGUGAGGUGGACGCCAGCACUGCUGGGAGAGGAGGCGUGUCAGGGGAGCCGGAGCCCUUGACAGAAAAGGCCUUGAGAGAAGCCAGCUCUGCCAUCGACGUGCUGGGAGAGACGCUGGUGGCUGGGGCCUAUUCCAAGACGUGGUCCUACCGAGAGGAUGCACUGCUUACUUUGUACCAAAAGUUGAUGGAAAUGCCUGUUGGAACCCCAAAAGAAGAUUUAAAGAGCACACUGAGGGCGUCCAUCUUUCUCAUUAGAAGAGCCAUCAAGGACAUUGUGACCUCAGUCUUCCAGGCUUCUUUGAAAUUGUUGAAAAUGAUAAUCACACAAUAUAUCCCCAAACAUAAACUGAGCAAACUCGAAACAGCCCACUGUGUGGACAGAACCGUUCCCGUUUUGCUCUCCAGAACUGGAGAUUCUUCCACCCGCCUCCGUGUCAUAGCUGCAAAUUUUAUUCAGGAAAUGGCCUUGUUUAAGGAAGUGAAGUCCCUGCAAAUCAUCCCAUCUUACUUGGUGCAACCAUUGAAAGGAAACUCUUCGAUUCACCUGGCAAUGAGUCAGAUGGGCCUUCUGGCCCGACUGCUUGAAGGCCUGGGCACUGGGAGCUCGGGCUUCACCGUCGACAACGUGAUGAAGUUUUCAGUGAGUGCCCUGGAGCACAGAGUGUAUGAGGUGCGAGAAACAGCGGUUAGAAUUAUUUUGGACAUGUAUAAACAGCACCAGGCUUUUAUUCUAGAGUACCUCCCUCCAGAUGACAACCACACUCGCAAGAAUGUCCUCUACAAAACAAUCUUUGAGGGAUUUGCUAAAAUAGAUGGCAGACCUACAGAUGCUGAAAUUAGGGCACAGAAAAAAGCUGCUACAGAAGCAGCAGAAAAACAAAAGAAAGAAGAAAUCAAAGCUUUACAAGGGCAGUUGGCAGCACUGAGAGAAAUUCAGGCUGAAGUCCAGGAAAAGGAGAGUGAUGCUGGGAAGCCAAGGAAUCCAGACACUCAAGGAAGAAAAGCAGCUUUGCCUGAUGCUCUGGCAAUUCCAGAUGAUCACUAUUUAGAUAACUUGUGUAUCUUUUGUGGAGAGAGAAGCGAGUCCUUCACGGAGGAAGGUCUGGACCUCCACUACUGGAAGCACUGCCUCAUGCUGACGAGAUGUGGCCACUGCAAGCAGGUGGUUGAGAUCUCCAGCCUGACGGAGCACUUGCUGACAGAAUGUGACAAGAAAGAUGGGUUUGGGAAGUGUUACCGCUGCAGCGAGGCCGUUUUAAAAGAAGAGCUGCCGAGACACAUAAAAGCCAAGAGUUGUAACCCUGCCAAACCAGAGAAGCUGGCAAACCGGUGUCCUCUGUGCCAUGAGAACUUCACACCAGGAGAAGAGGCCUGGAAAGCUCACCUGAUGGGCCCGGCUGGCUGCACGUCACACCUGCGUAGGACUCACCUUCUGCAGAAGGCCCUUGUGCUGCCACCAGGGAAAGGCUCCAUAACAGCCAAAGCAGGGACCUCAGGAUCAAAGGUUGGAAGCAAGAUCCCUACCCCGAAGGGAGGCCUGAGUAAAAGCUCCAGCAGGACACACACAAAGCCAUGAGGUGACAGACAUUCUGUCUCCUUUGUCUACCUAAGGGAAUGAGCAAGUGUCCUGACUCAAAACCAUUUCUCCUCUUUGCACUUGGCAACCCCGUGCUCGGUUCCUGCUAUCCCUCAGCUGUGCUCAGCCGCUUGUGAGUGGGUGCCCCAUCAGCUCUCGUGUCACAGUGUGUGUAGAACUGACCCAGAGCUGUGUGCAGCUUUUGGGCCUGCCUCUCUCAGGCCAUGAUCAGACCCGGAAGAGCAGUUGUUCUGCUGGAGAAAGCCAGAAACCAUUGCCUGGAAGGGCACUAAAGCAGUGGACAGGUAGGGUCAGCACAAGCGUAGCACUCUCUCUCCUCAGUUGUUUGGAGUGAUUGCCAUAAAAUGUUCACCGUCAACCUUCUGCAUAUUGGUCUCUGUCAUACACGGUAGGAUAGCCACACAGGCAGGGCCUUGGCUCAGCAGGGCAGUGGUCCCAGGAGAGCGACAUCUGCAUGAGCAUGCCUCACUGUGCCUUUUGUCCCCAGAGGCCCUGUCUGUUAGGUUUUCUGCCUAGUGCACUCAGUCACAGGGUAGCAGGGUGUCACUACUUGCAGAACUUGUUUCCACUGUAACAAGAAAUAAAGGCAAAAAAGAAAAUCUAAAAAGUGGUUACUGAGAUCAGUCCCACUUCAGCACACAUCUUGCUCUAGAUGCUUAAGUAGCACUGUCUCUGCGACAGACUUCGCCCUCACUUGACCCCACAGUGGAGUUUCCCACCUGGAGCUGAGGUCAGCACCCACGGAGGGCUGCAUCAGCCUUUAUGCAGAGGAGCCUCAGAUUCUCUACACCUGUGAAUUACUAAAAAAAAUUAUGAACUAACCUUCCACCUGAUCACUCUAUGCUCACCUGCCCACAGGUGUCAAUCAGAAUCCUUUCUCAAUCCCUUGUUUGUGAUUCUGGCAUGGAGUAACUUCUGCUUUACACAAAGGAGCCUUCAGCACGUAUCAGCAGACUCAGAGUCUUCCUGCUUUAGGCCUGUCCUAUCCCUUUCAAAUCCAGGUUGUAGCUGGAACCUUAAUGUCCAUAUGCUUAAAGCACCAAAACAGUUUGAAAUGGUGAAACCAAACUUGAAAAACAGUCUUCUAAGCAGCUCCUAAGCAACCAUCCCAUCCUAUGGAAGUGAUUCGUGGGUUUCCUUCGAGUAGCUUUUGUUAGCUAAGAGAAGAGAGCCAGGGUCACCCGGAACCUGCCCAGAAGCGCCCCAUCCUCCUCCUGCCGCUAUCCGUGCUUCCUCAAGUGCUGAGCCUACUGCAGACCGAAGGACAGUUGCUCCCGCCCCGUCCCACCCAGUGACCAAGGGUUAUGCUUUCUUCCUGAGCAUUACAUGGGCAGGCUUUCAAAACGCCAGUUAGAGAUGUCUGGGAUUGAUGAACUUUGUAUCCUACAAUUAGUGUACAAAUAUAUUUCAAUUCCCAACCAUGUGAAACAAUGUAUAUAAAAACCAAUAACUGUUUGAGAAAUGUACUCCCUGGAUAUGUUAGUAACCAUGAGUUUGCAUUAAUUAAUCUCCAUUCUUGGUAAACUAAUACCUUCUGGUAUGGUUGACUCAGAAUAUUGAACAAGAAUAUGACCUACCAGAGAAUAACCUUUAAAAAUACAAUCUAUUGAAAAUUUUUAAAGUCUGAGGGGAGAGAUAACAAAACUGUAUUAGACAAAGCAAAGUACGGAUGCCAAAAUGUUUACAAAAUAAUCCUUUCUGGCUUCAAAAAUACUUUGGCCAUUAUUUUCUAAUCCCUUUUUAAUGUACAGAUGAAACACUUCUAUACAUUGUAACAAAGAAGAUAUUUGUAAAAAUACCUCAUUUUUAAUGUUUGACAAAGCGACGUGGGCUCACGUUAGCAGGCGACUGCUAUUGGUCACGGAAGAAUCGUGUGUUUAUGCUGAAAUGAUUCUGGCAGUGAUCAGCGGCUGUUCAAAGCUUUGCAGAGCUGUUCACUCUUACGAGACCAAGAAUAAAGGAUAAAAAUUAAAAAGGAACUGUAAGAUCCCUUUGCUAUUUAUGAAUAUCUACAUCUGGAACACUAAUAAUUGAAUUUUCACUCAUGAAUAAGU